GGGCUGGAGGCUGGAAGCUGCUCUGGAGGCUGUGGGUGGAAGUGCAGGCUGAGUGAGGGUGAUUUAAGCAAGGACCAGAGCCAUGGGACUACUAAGUAGGAAGGACACUUCUACGAGGGGAAUCGUGAGGAGCUAGUUAUCUAUCGGGAGGGUGCUGCUCACAGAUCUGCCGUGAUUAGAACUACCAGAAAGAAGCUACAUUCCAAAGAUUCCUGUAUGCUCACCCCUCUCCCCAGGAACCGCAGCUGUCCCUGUACUAGGAAGCAGGUCUGGGGUCAGCAAUUCAGUGCAGACAUAGCUCACUGAAGAGCCAGUCCUUACACCCAUCCCAUACCUGAGACCCAUGAUCACGGCAGUGGGUGCCGAAUGCUAGCAGAGGAAGGACCCCAAGAACAUGAUAUACCUGUUACAAAAUGGCUGGCCAUAAAUUUUGCUAGGGAGGAAAAUGAAAGCUGGUCCAAAGGUGCAAGCAUUCCUUUGAAACACAGAAAAGCCCGAAGUGAGGGAAGGACAGUGAAGAUAAGCAAGGAGCAGGCCUGUGGAAGCUGGGGAGGGGAAAGCCCCGAGGGAAUGCUCAGGUUGGGAGUGUCCGGCUGGCCCAGUGAAGGCCCACAGGGGGCGGGGCCGGCCCAGACCUGGGACUGUCGGCCUCUGCAAAGGUGUCUGAAGCCCUGUGAAUGGACACAGCCCCCAUGGAAGGGGUCUUGGGUGAGAAGGACACUUGUUGAAGAAUGCCAGUAUUUAAGUAGUGGCAAGGAAGAGGAGCCUGCGGGAAUCUGCAGGGGGAGGCGACCAACAAGAGAGGUCUGCGCAAAGAGCAGAUCCACAGAUGAGCAUGGCCGCCACCGCUGCUGUUAGUCCUAGUGACUACCUGCAGCCUGCUGCCGCUGCUACCCAGGACUCCCAGCCGUCUCCCUUGGCCCUGCUUGCUGCGACAUGUAGCAAAAUUGGCCCACCAGCUGUUGAAGCUGCAGUGACACCUCCUGCUCCCCCACAGCCGGCCCCACGGAAACUGGUCCCUAUUAAACCAGCCCCUCUUCCACUCAGUCCCAGCAAGAAUAGCUUUGGCAUCUUGUCAUCUAAAGGAAAUAUACUUCAGAUUCAGGGCUCUCAGUUGAGUGCCUCCUAUCCUGGAGGGCAGUUGGUGUUUGCCAUCCAGAACCCCACUGUGAUCAACAAAGGGAGCCGAUCAAAUGCAAGCGUACAGUACCAAGCAGUCCCGCAGAUUCAAGGGAACAGUUCCCAGACCAUCCAGAUGCAGCCCAAUCUCACCAACCAGAUCCAGAUCAUCCCAGGCACCAACCAAGCCAUCAUCGCCCCCUCGUCAUCUGGCCAUAAGCCUGUGCCCAUCAAGCCAGCUCCUGUCCAGAAGUCAAAUACAACUACCACCCCUGUGCAGAGUGGGGCCAACGUGGUGAAGCUGACAGGUGGGGGCGGCAACGUAACACUUACCCUGCCGGUCAACAACCUGGUGAACACCAGUGAUGCUGGGGCCCCCGCUCAGCUCCUCACUGAGAGCCCCCCCACCCCAUUGUCUAAGACUAACAAAAAAGCCAGGAAGAAGAGCCUUCCUGUCUCGCAGCCAUCGGUGGCUGUGGCUGAGCAGGUGGAGACGGUGCUGAUUGAGACCACAGCAGACAACAUCAUCCAGGCAGGAAAUAACCUGCUGAUUGUCCAAAGCCCUGGUGGGGGCCAGCCGGCUGUGGUCCAGCAAGUCCAAGUGGUGCCCCCCAAGGCUGAGCAGCAGCAGGUAGUGCAGAUCCCCCAGCAGGCACUGCGGGUGGUGCAGGCUGCCUCUGCAACCCUCCCCACCGUUCCCCAGAAGCCCUCCCAGAACUUUCAGAUCCAGACAACGGAGUCUGCGCCAACCCAGGUUUAUAUUCGUACACCUUCUGGUGAGGUACAGACAGUCCUCGUCCAGGACAGCCCCUCAACAACAACUGCAACCACCUCAACCACCACUUGUAACAGCCCUGCACCCCGAGCUCCCCAACUGAGUGGCACCAGCAAAAAGCAUUCAGCUGCAAUUCUCCGAAAAGAGCGACCCCUGCCAAAGAUUGCACCUGCUGGGAGCAUCAUCAGUCUGAAUGCUGCACAGUUGGCGGCAGCUGCUCAGGCCAUGCAGACCAUCAACAUCAAUGGAGUCCAAGUCCAGGGUGUGCCUGUCACCAUCACCAACACUGGCGGGCAGCAGCAACUGACAGUGCAGAAUGUUUCUGGAAACAACUUGACCAUCAGUGGGCUGAGCCCCACCCAGAUCCAGCUGCAGAUGGAGCAGGCCCUAGCUGGAGAGGCCCAGCCAGGGGAGAAGAGGCGGCGUAUGGCCUGCACGUGUCCCAACUGCAAGGAUGGGGAGAAGAGGUCUGGGGAGCAGGGCAAGAAGAAGCACGUAUGCCACAUCCCAGACUGCGGAAAGACUUUCCGGAAGACAUCCUUGCUUCGGGCCCAUGUCCGUCUGCACACUGGCGAGCGACCCUUUGUCUGCAACUGGUUCUUUUGUGGGAAGAGGUUCACACGGAGUGAUGAGCUUCAGCGACAUGCUCGAACCCACACAGGGGACAAGCGCUUCGAGUGCGCCCAGUGUCAGAAGCGCUUCAUGAGGAGUGACCACCUCACCAAACAUUACAAGACCCACCUAGUCACGAAGAACUUGUAAGGCCAGCUGAAGCAAGAGGCAUCUAAUUGGCCUGGGUCUGUGGUGGACAGGUGCCCACAACUGCCCUGGGCGGCCCUCACCCUACUCCUGUUCUGUGGCUGUGUCCCCACAGGGAGGGGCUUUUCUCCUAUGCUCCCCUCCUUCCAAAGGCCCUUCCCUUCUCAUCAGGAGCUCCUGGCCUGCCCAGGCUACGCACACUGGCCAUGCCCAAUGAGACGUUCUAAACCAGGACGCGUGGGGACCCUUAUUUCCAAAGGAAAAACAUGCAUUUCACUCCGUCGAGGAGCAAAGUGAGCCCCCUAUCCUAACCCAUGCCCUGCCCCAACACUGCCGGAGUCCCAUUGUGCCAUGCCCCCCAGUCCUCUGCCUCUUGUCCCCCUCAGUUACCUCCCCUGGCCACUAGGGCCCUGUACCCAGCCUCCCACUGACGCCCACCUCUGCGGAGGGCUGGGAGGCUGCCUCCACUCCACUGCCCAGCCCCUGCCAUGGCUCUCCUCCAGACAUUCCAACUUCCUAUUUGAAAGGUCAGAUGCCGGCGGACUCCUCCCACUCCUUUUUCUAUGGAGAACGUUGCCUUAUUCUCGGACUUCAGAUGAUGAACACUGUGUAUGUGUGUGCUUUAAAGACAUUUUAUUUAAUUGCUCCCUUCUUCCUUUCUUUACUAGCUGCCGCCCCUCACCUGCGUUCAGUUUAGGGUUUCGGGGGCAAUGCUGAGCAUAGGAGUUUUUUUUCUCACUAACAAUUCUUUUCUAAAUGACACAUUUCAAUUCAGAUCUGGACUCACAUGGAAACAACUUCCAUUCUGACUCCCUCCACACCCUUUCAUCUCGUCACCUUACCUGCCUGAGCUCUAUUGUGUACAGUGUAUAUUGUAUAAUAGACGAUUGUGUCUACGACAUGUUUUAAAAAAAACAUAUUGCUUGUUAUUUUUGAGGCUUUUAAAUUAAACAAAAAUCCAACUUUA